AUGGUUGGGUCAUAUUCAAAGAAGCGCAAGGUCCAGGAUGGCAUGCAAGGCAAGACCAACAGACCAAAGAAGUUCCGCAAGCAGCGCGAGUAUCACAGCGGUUCCGAAGAUGAACAGGACGAUGAUCAGACCAACUUCAAGCCUGUCAAUCUCGCCGAUUCCGACGAAGAAGAAGAUGGAGGUGUUCUGGUGAACAAGACCUCUAUUGUUGCUCCUGUUCCUAAGAAGAAGACCACCAAGUCGACACCUGCAAUCAAGCAAAAACCUACUGCCGAGGAGCAAGAAUCCAGCGACGACAACGAGGAGGUCGAUGAUGAUGAAGCCGACGACAAAGACAUCGACAUGUCCGGCUCUGAAGAAGAUGAUGAUCUUUCCGAGGAUGAGCAAUCCACUACGGGCGGCAAGCGCCGUGCUAUUCCUAAACGAAACGACCCCUCUGCAUUCUCUACAUCCAUCUCCAAAAUUCUGUCCACCAAGCUCCCAGUCUCCGCCCGUGCCGACCCCGUCCUCUCGCGAAGCAGAUACGCUGCCCAAAAAAGCAGUGAAUGGGAGAAUGAGAGGCUCGACAACCAGGCUCGUGCUAAGCUGCGUGCCGAGAAGAAGGAAGAGCUGGACCGUGGCCGUGUUCGUGAUGUGAUGGGCAUUGAGAGAGGUCUGACGGGACAAGUGGGAGAAGAAGAAAAGCGCCUGCGUAAGACAGCACAGCGUGGUGUUGUCAAGCUGUUCAAUGCUGUGCGCGCUGCUCAGGUCCGUGGUGAAGAGGCUGCCCGAGACGAGCGCAAGAAGGGAACUGUUGGCAUGGGAGAGCGGGAGAAGGCUGUGAAUGAGGUCAGCAAGCAAGGCUUCCUUGAGCUGAUCAAUGGCAAGAAGGGAAAGGCUUUGAAUAUCGAGGAGGCUUAA